AUGCUCAAACUACAUUCGAUUACAGUAAUCUUGUUGUGUUAUCAAUUAUUUGGCUCGAGUUCCGGGAGUUUGCAAGAUCUUGGUUAUCCUGGUUGGACUUGUGAUGCUUCCUUGUAUCAAAAGUGAGCGUGUAAUUGGAGCAUUUUAUGUGCUCACAAGCCUGAUUUUCAUCGGAAAUAUGGCUUGUGAGCACUCAAAAUGCUCCAAAACAUGUGAAAAAUCCUAUUUAGAAGUGCAAAAGUUCCCACGUCUGCUCACGCUGUCAAAUUCUCUGAUAUCAAGAUUAUCGGAGCUUUGGGUGACUCGCUGACCGCUGCAAAUGGUGCCGGAGCACCAAAAGGCGACCCGUUGGCGGUGAUUUUGCAGUACAGAGGUUUGGCGUUUCAAUGUGGUGGCGAUUCGAGUUUGGAUGAACAUGUUACGAUUGCUAGUGAGUUUUGCGGGGGUGAAUUUUGGGAAAAUUGGAAAAAUUGUGUAAUUUGGAGCAUUUUGAGUGUAAAUACAUCCAGGUUUGAUGAAAAAUCCGAAAAAAUCACCUUUUUGGGCUUCUGCAAGGUUUUUCAUGGUGAUUUUUUGAAUCAGCGUGAAAUUCGGAGCAUUUUGAGGGUAAACAUGAUAUAUUUUGCAGAAUUUUCAGAAAAAAGUGACCCCCCUGGAUAUAUUUUUACAAUUUUUCCAAAGUAUAUCAUAUUUACACUCAAACUGCUCAAAAUUUCAUGAAAAAUCCGAAAAAACAACCUUUUUGGGCUUCUGCAAGGUUUUUCAUGGUGAUUUUUUGAAUCAGCGUGAAAUUCGGAGCAUUUUGAGGGUAAACAUGAUAUAUUUUGCAGAAUUUUCAGAAAAAAGUGACCCCCCUGGAUAUAUUUUUACAAUUUUUCCAAAGUAUAUCAUAUUUACACUCAAACUGCUCAAAAUUUCAUGAAAAAUCCGAAAAAACAACCUUUUUGGGCUUCUGCAAGGUUUUUCAUGGUGAUUUUUUGAAUCAGCGUGAAAUUCGGAGCAUUUUGAGGGUAAACAUGAUAUAUUUUGCAAAAUUUUUAGAAAAAAGUGACCCCCCUGGAUAUAUUUUUGCAAUUCUUCCAAACUAUAUCAUAUUUAUACUCAAACUGUUCAAAAUUUCAUGAAAAAUCCAAAAAAACCACCCAAAAUGUUUGAAAUUCCCCAAAAUAUAUCAUGUUUACACUCAAAAUGCUCCAAAUCCCCCAAAAAAUCACAUUUUUUGUCCAGAUGUGCUCAAAAAAUUCAACCCAAACAUUUUUCGGAUAUUCGACCGGUAUCGGAAGUUCCAAUGUUUGGGAAGUCUCAAAAUUGAAUCAAGCAGUUCCCGGAGCCGAAGCAAUCGAUAUCAUAACUCAAGCAAGAGCUCUUGUUCAUCUCGUUCAAUCUCACAAAGAUGUACGCAGGCAUGAGGAAUCGAACCAGCACCUUUAGAUUGGGAAAAAAAAUUAUUUGAAAAAAAAUGAUGUUUUUGCAGAUCGACAAUGCGAAUGACUGGAAACUGAUCAAUAUUUUCAUCGGAGCCAAUGAUAUGUGUGCAUAUUGCUCACAAGGCGAAGCGGGACCACACUCUAAACAAGCCUAUAAGAAUAAUAUUAUUCAAGCUGUGCAGAUUUUGAAGGAUAAUUUGCCAAGGUAAGGGAAUUUGGAGCAAUUUGAGUGUAAAUAUGAUAUAUUUAGGAUAAAUUUGAAAAUUUUCUCUACAGGGGGGUCACUUAAUUUUUCAAAAUUAUCCGAAAUAUGUCAUGUUUACACUCAAAAUGCUCCAAAUUCCACGCUGAUUCUGAAAAUCCCCAUGAAAAACCUGUCAGAUUUCUAGAAACUCAGAAAUGUACAAGAUUUUCAACAAAAAAAAACCGAAUAUCACAAAACUCUGAUUUUCAUUGCAAUUUGGGGGAUUUGAAUGGUUUUUCGGGUUUUUCAUAGAAUUUGGAGCAGUUUGAGUGUAAACAUGAUAUAUUUAGGAUAACUUUGAAAAUUUUCUCUACAGGGGGUCACUUAAUUUUUCAAAAUUAUCCGAAAUAUGUCAUGUUUACACUCAAAAUGCUUCAAAUUUCACGCUGAUUCUGAAAAUCAUUAUGAACAACCUGUCAGAUUUCUAGAAACUCAGAAACGUACAAGAUUUUCGAAAAAAAUUUCAAAUAUCACAAAACUCUUUAUUUUCAUAGCAAUUUAGGGUUUUGAAUGAUUUUUUCCGGGUUUUUCAUAGAAUUUGGAGCGGUUUGAGUGUAAAUAUGAUAUAUUUAGGAUAAUUUUGAAAAUUUUCUCUACAGGGGGGUCACUUAGUUUUUGAAACUUAUCCGAAAUAUAUCAUGUCUAUACUCAAAAUGCUCCAAAUUUCACGCUGAUUCUGAAAAUCACUAUGAAAAACCUGUCAGAUUUCUAGAAACUCAGAAACGUACAUGGUUUUCAAACGAAAAUUUUUUUCAAAUAUCACGAAACUGCUUAUUUUCAUAGCAAUUUAGGGUUUUGAAUAGUUUUUUCAGGCUUUUCAUGGAAUUUGGAGCAGUUUGAGUGUAAAUAUGGUAUAUUCAGGAUGAUUUUGAAAUUUAGCCAGGGGGGUCACAUAAUUUUUCAAAAUUAUCCGAAAUAUGUCAUGUUUGUACUCAAAAUGCUCCAAAUUUCACGCUGAUUCUGGGAACCACAAAGAACAACCUCUCAGAUUUCUAAAAACUCAGAAACGUACAAGAUUUCCAACAAAAAAAAUUCACAUAUCACAAAACUCUUUAUUUUCAUAGCAAUUCAGGGUUUUGAAUGGUUUUUUCGGGCUUUUUAUAGAAUUUGGAGCAGUUUGAGUGUAAAUAUGACAUACUUUCGAUAAAUUUGAAAAUUUUCUCUACAGGGGGGUCACAUAAUUUUUCAAAGUUAUCCGAAAUAUAUCAUGUUUACACUCAAAAUGCUCCAAAUUUCACGCUGAUUCUGAAAAUUCCAGAACAAUCGUCUCUCUAACCGGUAUGUUCGACAUGGAAAUGUUGCGUCAAAUCGAUCAUGACAAAUAUUUUUGCGACGGUCUUCAUACCUUUGAGUGCGGUUGUGAGAAGAACAAAACGUUCACAAAUGCCGAUGUCAAACGAGCUUGUCAAUAUUAUAUGGAGGCUCAAAAGGAGAUUGAGGAUUCGGGAAUUUUCGACACUUCUGAUGAUUUUACUUAUGUUGUUCAACCGUUUUUCAAUGGAAUUGUGGUUCCACCAUUGGUAAGCCUAAGUUUGGGGAUAAGCCUUAAGUUUAGGCCUUAAAUCUAUGUUUUUGGCUUGACAAAGUCUUAGAGUAGCUCUGCCUUAGCCUUUAGCUAAGCCUAAGAUCUUGGCUGAGCCUAUAUUUUUGACCAGCCUAAAAUCUGGGCUAAGCCUAAGCCUUUGCUUAGAAAAUCAGAUUCUAGGGUAAAAAAUCCUGAAAAAUCCACUUUUCCCGCUCAAAAAUCCCCGAAUUUUCCUCGCAGAACCCGGAUGGCUCACCAAACCUCAACUGGUUUGCGCCAGACUGUUUCCACUUCUCCAAAUUGGGUCACGCCAACGUCGCCAAACAUCUCUGGAACAAUAUUGUGCAACCGGUCGGCUCGAAAGACACUCAAGUCAAUCUCAGCGAUCCGUCGAUUCCACUCAGAUGUCCCGAUGUUUCGUGCCCAUUCUUCCGAACCACCAAAAAUAGUGCGGAUUGCUCGAAAUAUUUGUAA